AUGGCGAACGCUUCAUUCAAUUAUUCAUAUAUUUUCAAAUAUAUCAUCAUAGGAGAUAUGGGUGUUGGAAAAUCUUGCUUGCUCCAUCAAUUCACCGAAAAGAAAUGUUAGUUUUCCAAAAAAAAAACUAUUUUUCUUCAAAAAAUUGAUUUUUAUUGAUUAUUUUAUAGUCAUGCCCGAUUGCCCACACACAAUUGGAGUCGAAUUCGGAACUCGAAUCAUCGAAGUCAGCGGGCAAAAAAUCAAACUUCAAAUUUGGGACACUGCUGGACAAGAAAGGUGCGCACCUUUUUUCUGAUCGAUCACUUGCUCGCCCACUAUUGUAUGUAUAAUAAAUAAACAAAUUUCCAGGUUUCGUGCUGUAACCCGAUCAUAUUACCGUGGUGCUGCUGGAGCUUUGAUGGUUUAUGAUAUGACACGUCGAUCAACAUAUAAUCAUUUGAGCAGCUGGUUGGCUGAUGCUAGAAAUUUGACACACCCAAACACGGUAAACAUUUUUUGUCGGCAGAAUUUUCUGGGGGGAAAUUGAGAUUGGGAGAAAGAUUUCAAAACCUAAUCAUUCCAGGCAAUCUUCCUGAUUGGAAACAAAGCUGAUCUUGAGGAUCAAAGAGAUGUUCCAUACGAGGAGGCAAAGGCGUUCGCUGAGGAGAAUGGGCUCACAUUUUUGGAAUGCAGUGCUAAAACGUAAGAUUUUUCCACAUCUAGAUGUAUCCAUUCUGAAUAAUGAUUUAAAAUAGUACAACUGUUUUUCUAAUUUGUUGGAUACUGGGUCCAUACAGAUGUAUAAAUUUUGGCACGGUGCCAUAAACACAUACUGAACACUUGUUGUCCAGGUGUUGUUUCAAAUAGUGUAUUCCAAUUUUUUCAGUGGCAGCAACGUCGAAGACGCAUUCUUGGAAACUGCCAAACAAAUUUAUCAGAAUAUCCAAGACGGAAGGUAAGGAAUUUUUCAAAAUAUCAGGAAGAUUCAUAAAAAUAAAAAACUAUAUUUUCAGCCUUGACCUGAAUGCUGCUGAUACUGGUGUUCAACCAAAACAAAACUUGCCAAGAGCAACGGGAAAUACAUCAAACGAGAAGAAUGACUGUAAAUGCUGA